GAGCUGUAUUUAACCAUGAAGAACUACAAGCAAGCCCUUCGGGAUGCCGAUGCCAUUUGUCAGAGGGACCCCAUCCUGACCAAGGGUCACCAUAUAGAAGCUCAGAUCCUCUCCAGAUUGGGAAAAAGUACAGAAGUGUUAGGAGAAUCCAUCUACUGCCUUGCUUUAAAUCCCGGGUGUAACUCCGUGAAGAAAGAAACCCAGAAGGUGCCGUGUGAGCUGUUCUUUCCAGCUUCCGACAGGCACCAGACCUCUGCAUCGUCCACCCAGAGCUGGCAAGCCCACUUCGAAGGCCAGAGGAGUCGCCAUGAGCCUCUGGAAGGAUCGGGUGGUCACGCUAAUGCAGGCGGCCCCAAGACUCUGUCUGAGAAGUCGGACGUGCCGAGGAACGCCAGUUCUUCAGUUUUAUAUUUUAUCCUGGGCCUCCACUGGGAGGAGAAUGCAAGGGCCUUGGAGAGUGUCAUCCCAGCAGCACCGAGCAUGGUAAAGAGGCAGCUUCCAAGUGAAGAUGAGUGUGAUGUGGACACCCCUGAAAAAGAUCCCAAGAAAGAUGCAGAGUCCUCCGCCCAGAGGAGCAUGAGCUCUCCCAAGGAGCCAGAGUUCAUGAUUGACAAGGCUGACUUUGAGUGUGCUCUGUGCAUGAGGUUGCUCUGUGAACGUCACUACCCCUUGCGGACAUGCGGACAUCCGUUGUGCCUGGAGCGCUGCCCUGCCCAGGCUCCUCACUGUCCGCUCUGCAAAGACAAGCUUUCAGAAGGGAGUGCUUUGUUGCCAACCAGAAAUCUUAAUGUAACUGUUCUGGCUGAAGAACUGAUAUUUCGGUAUUUAUUGGAUGAGCUGAGUGACGGGAAGAGGAUUUAUGAUGAGGAAAGGUCAGAACUGUCAAAGGCUGAGGGAGAGCUAAGUGAUAGGCUGGCCAGUGAGGCGGUCCAGAAGCCAGGCCCGGCACACGGCAGCGUGGCUGAGUGUGGCUGUUGUGCUGCUCCGCCAUGUCUGGAGUGCGCUUCGGCAACAGGAAAACAGGUGGUGGGAGGUCCAGAGUAUGAAGAACUCGCUUCCCUCCAUGAUUCCGUUUACCAGCAGUCUGUCUCCUGGUUUGCUUCUCUCCAGGAUCACGUGAAAAAGCAAAUCCUAAGCCAUUUCGGGUCCAUGCCAGACAGGGAGCCUGAGCUGCAGAGCAACUCCAGUGGCCCUGCCUGGUCCUGAUGGGUCGGCGGGUUGCCGUUGGAACAAAAGGCUCAGCUGGCCAAUCUCAGCAUGGCCUCCUUGAAAGAGCGUCUGCUUGCCAUUCGGCGGUGUUAGUCAUCAUCACUCCUAAGAUGAACAGGCCAAGAGCUGGCUAACAGCGCAGACAGAGAGAACUGAUUUUCCUCUCCGUUAAGGCUGCUGGAAGUCCCUGUGCCCUUGAGUCCCGGGCACUACCAAGUACCCAUCCUCUUCACCUCACUUUGUAAAGUCGUGUCAGUCAGGUGAUAGUGGCACAUUUGCCAAAUGCUGACUUUCUCAGAUAUUAGAAGUCUGCCUGCUGGGCCCUGACGCUGCACAAGACUGACCUGAAGUUCAAGUGCCAGGUGAAGCUGGGAAACCUGUGAGUCUCUUCGAAGCAGAUGCUUCAAGAGCAUAGCUCACUACCAUCAAGGGGCGCACACACGGUAGGUUGGCGUGUGACUGAGGUGUCAAAGGCACUUGCAUUCCUAGCCAGCAUCUUGACAUGAUGGACAGAGAAUGUGUGUGCCAGUGGCUAGACAGGAAGUGGGAACCAUGUUUAAACGUGCAAACAGACCUGCCAGGAUACAAGCAAGCCAAAAAUGGACUUGUGUGUUGCUGUGAACUUGUUUGCAAAAUUAAGGGGUUGAAUCACUGUCCAGUCCUUACCCAGGAGACAGUAAUUCCUGGGCAGGAGCUGCGCUUGUGUUUCGUGUCCUGCUGUGGUUCCAGGUGUUAUAAACUGCAUGUUGUGAUUAAAUGAAUGU